CAGCGCUCGAAAUCUAAUCUCUUUUCAUGUAAUAUUCAAUCAUGGUGAAUUUUGGCUGUGAAAUGAAGAUACAUUUUGCAUUAAUGUGCUUUAUUUUGAUGAUUUGUAAAACAAAAGGUCAAGAAUACAACAUUACAGGAUCAUCAACGUUUUCCGAACUAGGAAAGGAGUUUACUUGGACAUGUAGCAUGUUUACUCCCCCUAAACAAACUGUCAAUGGUGUUAAGUUUUAUAGAGACGACCUCGUAUGUGCAGUUAUCGGGCGAGUAACAGGAGAGUGCACUGUUCAGAUUUUAAAUGACAGAUAUAUAUAUGGAUGUUUGUCAAACUCUAUAUACACUUUGACUAUACCAGCAGAAAACAUGACAGAGUAUGAACAGCGAUCAACGUGGAGUUGUAGAUAUGUUUCCAAUUCUAGUUAUAGAAGUCCUGAUGCCAUCCUUAAUAUAGCAAUUGAAGUCCAUAACAUUUCCUUAAGUCCAAACAACGGACAACUAACGUUGAGGGAGAACCUCGAAACAGAAGUCAUGUGUGAAAUUAACAAUAAUGCAGUUCCACCUCCGACAAUCACAUGGUUUCUAGGGACUAAAUAUAUCAGUAGCACAGAGGGAACAUACACAACGUCCAUCAAUAUAACGGGAAACAGAGAGGACAAUACACAAACUCUGCAAUGCAAGGCAACAAAUAAUAACAAACCACCCAAAACCGCAGUUACAACAAUUAAUGUAGAAUAUCCUCCAACUGUGAGACCGUUUUGGCAACAAAACAUCAUUGUAGAAGGAAGAAACGUAACGGUCACCUGUGAUUUCAUACCAGGAAAUCCAAACACUACCAUAUUGUUCUGGACAAAGGAGGGCAACCCAUUAUUCAGACAGAAAGGAGCCACUUUACUUUUACCAAAAAUUCAGAGAAGUAGUUCUGGUGAAUACAAAUGUAUAGCAGAAAACAUCUACAGUAAUGGAGAGAAGGGAAGAAAUAAUCAGUCCAUGAUUCUCAAUGUUCUUUAUCCACCCUCUAUAGAAGACAUUCCUCUUGAAAUUGUGAACGAGAGUUCUACAGUGUCGCUAAAUCGAAAGAUUUUCAGCAAUCCUCUUUCCAAUGUGUCCUGGUAUCGUGGAACAAAGUUGUUGAAAACUGAAACGUCUGUGAAAACUGCUACAUAUAUCAUAGAAAGGGCAAUGUGUACAGAUACACACAACUUAACUCUCCAGGUCAAUAAUGUUGUAGGCAAUGUGUCAAUUUUGGUGGAAUUAAUUGUUAACUGUAUGCCAAAACUAGAAACAACUAAUAUCACUUUGGGAGUAACGGACACCACUGGGAUCGAUUUUUCUGUAACAGUCUUGGCGUAUCCAUCACCUCAGUAUAAAUUACAAAGAGAGGAUGGAGCAAUCGACAAUAUAAUGCAAAAUAGUAUAUACAUGAAUGCAGUAAAUAACUUUACACUGCGAUUCAACAAAAACAUAGUCGAUCAAUCGGAUUUUGGAAUAUACAAUUUGAUAGUCAGCAAUCCAUUUGGAGUUGCAACUAGCUUCAUACUAGUGCUUCCACAAAGAAUACCAAACAUUCCUAGAGACGUAACACUUACCUGUGAAGUAACAAGUGCUAGUGUACAUUGGGUAUCUUCCUUUAAUGGAGGAGACACUCAGACAUUUACUGUCGUUGCAUUCAAUGUUAAAUACGGAACUAGGUAUUCUGAGAGAAUUCCAGAUAUGGGAGAGAAUACCGCUCAUUCCAAUUUUAUACACAAUCUUCAACCCUCUACAUCUUAUUCGUUUCACGUUUCUGCCGAGAAUAGCCACGGAAAUUCCUCGUCCGAAAAUAUAAUCUGCACAACCCAAAAUAAAGAUACAGGCAGUCUCCAGACAGCUGUAAUUGCAGGAGGCGUUGGAGGGACGCUAACAGUGGUUGUGAUUGUCCUUAUCACCGUAUUUUUUGUUUACAGAAGAUAUAUUUGUAAAAGUGUGUUACAGAAACGAAAUAAGGAAAAAGCAGCUACAAUGAAAGAGGACGCAGCCUACUAUACAACCAUUGCAGAGCAAGAAAACAGAGAAAAAAAUGUGUAUGAAAGUUUGCAAAGACAGAAUGCGAAUAGCAGGGAAGGGAACGACAGUGAUAAAUCUCACAGGGAAUUCAAUAGAAAAGAUUCUACCACACAAGUGUCCGAUUGCGAACAUUCUACAAGAAAACCUGCUAAUGUAUAUGUAAACACUUCAUUUAUGUAGUGAUCUAUUAUUGCUAUGUUCAUACAGCCAUGUCUAUCUUAUUUGAAAUUUUCACUGUGAAUCAUUUUCAAAAAAUUUUCUUAUGUAGAUUAUUACUAAAAGAUAAAGUGUUUGUACAUGUAUGAAUGACUAUCAUAGGGAUUUUUUUUUGGUACAUAAUGUAAUAACGGCAAGGUGGUAUAUUUAUAAUGAUUUAUCUUGAUAGAUAUACGUAAAAAUUAUGAAUCUUAGCGGUACAUGUGUUUAGUACAUCUACAGUAUUUAAU